AUGUGAGUGAAAACACUCCUAAUCCCACUUAAUGAAAGGGGGUUACAUGUGUGAUUGUGCACAUGAGAUUUAGACCCACGGUGUCCUGUUCACAGGCGUCAGACACAGAACAGGGCCUUUGCUUUGUGCUUUUACAGUGUACUGAUUGACGUUGAUAAUUUGCAUUGGAAACACUCCUAAUGUGGCUUUGUAAAAGAGCAUAUAAAAGAGAAACAGAGAUAAAGGAGAGUCAUGAGAAAGCAUUAUCAGGAGGAAGGUCAGAAAUUGUGCAACCUGUGAAUUCUCUUGUUGGAGUAAGAACAAAUCUCAGUGCAAUCAAGUAUAAGCACAUAUACUGUUGUGUACAUACUUAAUAUUGACAGCAUAAUGUUCAAACGUGCAAACAAAAUAUUUUUUUUACAGUUAAAAGCUUCAGUCUUAAAUAAUUUUAUUUUAAGUAUCAUUAUUUGCUACAUGUAUUUUACUCUAAAAUGUAACUUGUUUCAUUGCAUAUGUUUAUUCCUACAUGUUGGCUCAGUUCCUCAUUCAUAUAAAUGCUCUCCCUCAGUAGUGAGUAAACUCACGUCUGCUUUGUUUAAAACUUCCUCUAACUGAUCACCACUACUACAGGAAACUGAACAAUACUUCAUUACAUUUUUUACAGCCACAUUAAAAGCUGUAAGUCAAGGUUUGUGAGUGCAAGCAUUUCAUUUCAGCUUUUCUUCAUUUACGUGUGUUUUUCCAACAAGAGGAGGGGCUUCAUACUAUUCUGUAUGCCUGCAGUUCAUGCAGACUACAUAAACACUGCCCAUAAAAAGUUUUCUUCAGAUUAAACUCCGCCCUUUAACGACAGCUCAAAGGGCAGGGACAGGAAACUGGAGUCUGUACUGUCUGGUUUUCCCACAGCUUUGGUAUGAACUAACGCUUGAAAUCUCUUGUGGACAAGCUAGACGGGCUAUAUGAUUUAAAGGUUUUCUUCCUGAGUUCAGCAGGAGAUGGCGCUGCAUAGCCAUAAGACUGAGCUGGUUGGUAAUGAAAGCUUGGAGAAAUGGGAGCGCCUUGAUUCAGGGGGAUUUGGUACCGUCUACAAGGCCAGGCACAAGGGCUGGCGUUUUGAUGUGGCCAUAAAGCUUAUCCAUCAUCCUGACUGUGUCAGAGAACUGUGGGACGAGGCUAGUCAUAUGGACAAAGCUGCCUGUCAGUUUGUGAUUUGGCUUUAUGGAAUGUAUCAGGGAUGCCCACCAAUAGGAAACCCAUCCAUGCAACAGGGAAUAGUCAUGGAGUUUAUGGCAAGAGGAUCUAUUCAAACCUUGCAGAAAAACCUGCCUGGCCGUCCACCGUGGCCCCUGGUCUUCCGCUUGGCCCACCAAGUUGCCCUAGGAAUGAACUUUCUUCACGAAAGGAAACUUUUGCAUCAGGAUCUAAAGCCAAGCAAUGUGUUGUUAAACGAUGACCUGAAUGCCAAGGUGGCAGACUUUGGUCUGUCCAUGGUUUCCACCAGUGCUUUGACUAGCAACACAGAAAUGUCAGGACAGCUUGGAGGCUCCUUUAAGUACCAGCCUCCUGAGUCUUUUCAGACAUCAUAUAAUCCUGUUCGUGCUUUUGACAGAUACAGCUAUGGCAUCCUUCUCUGGUCUAUUAUUUCUGGUAAAGACCCUUAUCCAGCGGCUUUGUACAGUCUUGUGGCACUGAGGAUCCCCCUGGGGGACAGACCUGAUUGUAAGGAAAUUGAACAGAUUAAGGUAGAGGGGCUGGAAGAGCUUUUUGACCUCAUGAAGAAGUGCUGGAAUGGGGAUCCAUCCAAGAGGCCAACCUUUAAAGACUGCCUUGAAGUCACUGAGCGUGUGUUCUCAAAGCACAAGAAGGACAUUCAUCGUGCGGUCCAUGAAGUGUUGACAAAACUGGAUAAUCCGCAUUUCAAUGAAAAGCGGGCAUUCAUUGACACUCCUCCGAUUUCAGAACAGCCACAAUAUGCUGAGGAUCACGUCGGAGGUUCAGAGGAGCCGGAUUUUGUCAGUGGUUUUAAAAAAAAUCUCACUGUUGCAGAUGAAGAACAGCCACAAUAUGCUGAGGAUCAUGUCGAGGUUUCAGAGGAGCCGGAUUCUGGCAGUGUUCCUGAGAAAAAUCUGACUGUUGCAGAUAAAGCCAAGUUCAUCAGUGACAACCGAGCAGUUUUAAUACAAACUGUUUCUGAGGUGCUGACCAUAGCGGAAGAGCUUGGAGAGAUGGUCCAUCCUGGUGCCUACUCAGUGAUAGAAGCUAAAGCAACACCUCAGGAUCAAAUGCGAGUGCUCUACCAAAGGACGUUUCGUUCAGGAGGGGAUGUGGUCAAAGCUGCCUUUUAUGACGCCCUUAAAAAACAUCACCCUCAUCUGGUGGAGAGGCUUGGUGGCUAAUUCCAAACCAGUUGCCACAAAAGUGUUGCAGACCUCCCCUGCUACUUACAUUUUUUUUUUUUAAGAAAAUGUAUAUAUCUGGGUUUUGUACUUUCUUGACAUUUUGUUACACGGUACAACAGGACAUUAUUUUCAUAAAAAACUUUGUUAAUAAAGAUUUUCUUUCAGAAUCAAAGACAA